AUGGCCUCGCUCUACAUGCUCAUGGCCCCGUCCCCUCGACUCGGCGCCUACUCGCUCCUGUCGUCCACCCCGACCGACGCCGAGUCGUCCUCGACCGCCUACCAGGAGAAGGCGGCGCAUAGCCGCGGCCACUCGCGCGCCAAUUCGGUCAGCGGCGGCCGAGUCGCUGGAGCUACGCCGCUCGGUCCAGGGCGGCGAGCCGCAGGCUGGCGGCGGCUCGCGACCAAGGCGGCCGUCGCGGCGGUCGCUGUCGCGCUCGUCGUUUGGCUCGCUCGACCUCUCGUCGUCCCAGAGCAAGACGUCCAGCUCGACGCUCGCCACAAGAUCGCCUACAACUUCGAGACGAGCGACGUCCCGAGCGAGUGGCGCUGCAACCCGUUCAAGGAGCCAGGUCGGCUGCAGGUCGACGUCGUCACGCCGUCCAAGAACAUCUGGCGCCCGUACGAGGACGCGUGCCCGCCGUCGCGCAUCAUGCUCGGGCUCAACAAGUCGAUCGAGGCGUUCCGGCAGAAGCCCGACGCGGUCCGCCAACGAGGGCCAUCUCGCUCGCACGACACGACCCUGCGACAGCUGCGAGACGAGGGCGACGUGCCGUUCUACCCGUGGUUCGAGAACGCGACGAUCCUGCUUCUCGGUGACUCGAUGGAGCGACUGCACCUCGCCGACUUCUGCGACCUCGUUGGCGGCAACGCGACCAACAUCGACCCCGACCACCCAGCUUCACCGCCGACGUACCGCAAGCCGAUGCCGACCCUGCUCGGCCCCGACGGCAAGGAGACCGAGGCGUCGAUCGAGGCGAAAGCAGCUCGGCGCCGGCUCGAGGACAUGUGGGAGAACGACCGCAAGAACAGCUGGUUCUUCACGCGCCCGUGGAUGUGCGACAUCCCCGAGUACAACGCGACCAUCGUCUCGACGUUCAUGUGGGGCCUCGAGGACAUGGAGGAGGUGUUCCAGACGGAGGACUUCUUCCACGGCCCCUCAAGUUGGAUCCAGCGCUUCAACCACGUCGCCCUGCCCAUGCUCGAGCGCCUCGCCGAGCACACGGGCCGCCCUCAGCUCCUCAAGCCGAACCUGAUCGAGGUCGCGUCCGGCUUCUGGGACCUGCGCGCCAUGACCGAGGAGGACUUUAUCGCCGCCGGCAUCUCUCGCCCGUACCCCAAGGACAGCGACCUCGCGUUCGGCGACAUCGGGCGCGUGCGCGAGGACCGGUGGACCAAGUCGGCCGCCGCCGUCCUGCAGGAGGUCGCCCGGGCCUUCCCCGGGCCCAAGGGCAUCCGCGACGGCCCGCCGAUCAGCUGGCGCACGAUGCACCACACCAAGCGCAACAACUAUACGCCGUACGCUCGCGUCGCUCCUCUCGACGCCCUCGCCCGCAAGACGGUCCACGACUUGCGCGUGAGCUCGCUCGCGACGCACCCGACCUUCCUGCAGAACAUGCGCGACUCGCUCGAGGGCCUGCGCGAGCGCCUGUUCCCGCACGAGGCGCUCGACGAGGUCCGGGCGGCCAAAGAGGCGCGGCAGCGCGAUGACGAGACGGACUACGGGUUCGACGAGCGGCUGCGGGUGGACGAGAUUGGCAAGCUGCUUGAGGGGCAGGAGCAUCAUUACCGCGAUUUCCUCCACCCUGACGUCCUCCCUGGGUCGUACAUCUGGGGCGAGAUCAUCCUCUACGAGCUCAAGCGCGCUGUCGGCCGGAUCGGCCGCACGAACUGAUAGAUCGUCCGCCGGCCGGUGCUGUCCUGUAUUUGAUUGCGUUUCCCGAUCGU